AUGAUUGAUAACAUUGAGAAGAAUGAAUCUAUACAAAGCUAUAUGAAUUACUCAGAACAAAGACUGAUGAAUGAAGACUCUUUUUUAAAGUAGAAACAAACACAAGAGGAGGAUCCUUAAGCAUUCGAUUAAUCUGAAACUCAUUCAUAAAACAAAUAGAUUGAUCCAAUGUUACAACAAAAUGAUGAGGAAUAAGAAUAAGAGAUUCAACCCAUUGAAUUGAAUCCGCUUUAAAUAUUCGAAUCUAAGAAAAUGGAAAUCAUAUAAAAUUGCUAAAAAAGCAAAACUCUCUACACUGAUCCAGAUUUCCCAAUCAAUAAUAGUAGUUUAUAUAAAGACCCUUAAAAGCCUCCCGAAUUCGCAAAGGAUAUCAAAUCUGUUAAAUGGGUCAGACCACAUGAAAUUUCUAAAGAUGCUAAAUUCGUUAUUGAUUUUGAGGGGGAUUACAAAUAAGGGGCUUUUGGAGAAUCCUGGUUUGUAGGAGCAGUUGUUAUAGUAGGACAAAUCAAAAAAUACAACGAAAAAUAAAAUAAAUAAACUUAAUAGUUAUCUUAACAAUAAAUAUCUUAACUUGAAAAAUUGAUUUUAGAUUAUGAUUAAUUUGAUGAGUGUGGUUUUGUCGCAUUCCAAUUCUUUAAAAAUGGAGAAUGGUAAUAAGUCAUAGUUGAUACACUUCUACCUUUUGAUUAAGAUAGUAAAUAAAUAUUAUUUACUCAAUGUGCAAAUCCAUCUGAAUUCUGGUUGCCAUUGAUGGAAAAAGCUUACUGUAAGUUACACGGAAAUUAUGAAACUAUAUGUGAUGGACACAUUGGAGAAGGAUUAGUUGAUUUAACAGGAGGCAUUGCUGAAAUCAAUAAUUUAAGAGAACCAUAAUUAAGCAAAAUGAUUGAGAAUGAUUAAUUAUGGUAAGUGUUAUUGCAAACACAUAAAUUAUAAUUUUUUAUGGGAUGCAUGAAUCACAAUGAAACUAAAGGAACAAAAAAUGCUGAUACUGGUACUCAUGGUAUAUUGGAAAAUCAUCAUUAUGGAAUAGUAGAUGUAAGAGAAUUUCCUAAGGAAAAAUUAAGAUUGAUGAGAAUUAGAAAUGUUUGGGGACCAGAAGGGGGAUGGAAUGGAGCAUUUUCAGAUGAUUCUGAAGAGUGGGAUAAACACAGAAAUCUAAGAGAAGAAUUGAAAUUAGUAUUUAAAUCAAAAAAGAGUGAUGGAACAUGGUGGAUGUCAUAUUAAGAUUGGCAUUAACAUUUCAAUAAAUUUUAUAUAUGUAAGGUGUUCCCAGAAAGUUGGUAAUAAUAUGCAAUCCAAGGAAACUGGUUUGGUAAAACUUUAGGCGGUGUAUGUCCUUUGAAAAUGCCAUCUGAAGGUUUACCAGAAUACGUAUAAGUAGACACUGAUGAAAAGUGGUUCAACAAUCCUUAAUAUAAAAUUAAAGUGCAUAAAGAGACUAAAUUAUAUCUAUCAUUGAUGUUAGAGGAUGAAAAAAUAACAUAACAACCUUAUGUAGCUUGCAAUCUAAUGGUCAUUGCUAACAAAGCAAGGCUGAGUAGAGUUUGGGAGAGACCACAAAAUUAGGAUAUAAUUAUUGAUAUGAAUCCUAAAGGAGAUAUGCAAGCUUAAAGAGAAAUUACUCAAUAUUUGAUAUUGAAGAACUUUGAAGGGAAAACCUUUGGUAAUUAUAUGGUUGUUCCUAAUAUGAUUGUCAAUGAAACUAGAAAAGAAGAGAAAAGAAACUUUAUCUUAAGAAUUUUUAGUUCUGAUAAAAUUGAUGUGGCUGAAAUGUCAGAAACAUUAGAAAUUCAAUAAGAAGGAAGUUGGAAUGAGACAUCUGCUGGUGGUAAAAGGAAAUAUGAUAACGGCAAAGAAAAUCCUAAUUGGUGUAAGAAUCCUUAAUAUUUCUUGAAUUUAUCUGUUAGCACUCAUUUAAAGAUCAUCUUAAGAAGAUAGGGACAAGUUAAAAGGGCUAAAGGUACUAAAAUUGGCAUGACCAUUUGUAGAUUCGAUAAAGCACCUACUAAUUCAUUAAAUAUCAUCAAAUAAUAAAAAGGAGGAGGAACAAAUUUAGUAAGGCUUUUAAAACAGACCUAAUAACAAUUGGAAGCCCCUAAAAUGGUGGGAAUUUAAAGAAAACUCUUAAUAGGAUCAAAUGAAAAAUUUAAAUAAUCUACUUACUUUAAUGAAGAUGUGGCAGCCUUAUAUUUCCACUUCAAUCCAACUGAAGGUCCUUUCAUUAUAAUACCAUCAUUAGAUUAAGAGGAUCGUUCUGCCAAUUAUAAAUUAACCAUUUACUCUAAUUAGGAAGUAGAAUUAACCAAAUUGGAUGAAACCAAGAAUUAAGUUCAUAUAGGCAAAUGGGAAUAGGAUAUUUCAGAUGGAGGGUGUCAUCUCUACGAAGAUCCUUAUGAAAAAGACACUAGCAAAAGAACAUGGACGAUGAAUCCUAAAUAUUCUUUAUAGUUUUUUGAGCCCAUUCAUAUUACUAUUACGCUUUGUAUAGCAGAAAAGAAUUGGAAGUCAAAAACAAAGAAUACUGUAGGAGGUAUGAUUGGAGUAUACUUGAUUGAAAAAUCAGAGAACAAGAUUACAACAUAAUAAAUUGUAAGAGUUCCUAAUUUCUUACCAAUCAAUGAAAUUUAAGAAGAAUUUGAUCUCUAGCCAACUAAGAAUGGUUAUUAUAUAAUGCCAACAACCUAUCAAUCUAAAAUACAUGGAUAGUUUAUUUUGGCAGUUUAAGGAGACAAAGAAUUUACAUUAUAAGCAUUAAAAUGAAAUAUAUCCAAUAAAUUCUAUCAUAAAUUUAUUC